GAAGAUGAAGGUGAUGUUUAUGACAAUGACAAUUCUGCGAGUAUGUUGAGUAAAGGAUGUGGUUUGUUACCUAAUUUACAUAUUAGGAAUUCAUUGUCCUUGUUAAAUCAUGUGGCUGAGGUUGGAAAAACUAACAAAAGCUCUCAUAUUAGAUCUUUUAGUCCAGUUCCAGCAGUAAAGAAGGCUUGGGAAGCAAUUCACAAGAACAAGUCAAGCAAUGUAGUUGCACCACUUGAGAUUGAAUCAAACAGGUUUGGUUUUUCGGGCGAGCUUCCAGGUAGACUCUCUCCCUUUCGGCGUUCACGAGAUGCUGCUGCAGGCAUAUCUGCCUGCAGAAGUAAACCACAAUCUCCAUUUCAGGGCGUGAAGUUGCUUGGUGAUGCUAAAGAAACUGAAAUCAAUAAAUCAGGCAAUUUGAAAUUCUACAGUAAUUUACCUGCGGAUACUAAAAUCCUCAG